UUUUCUCGAGGCUGUUUGUUUUGGGAGUAUGUGUCUUCUCUCUCACAGUUGUUUGUGGUUAGUGUUUCAGCUUGAACAAACACAAACUGGAGGUAACAGUAACUAACAAUGGACACAAAACAAGGUUUCUUCUCCACACUCAAAGACGACUUAAUCAAAAGCCUGUUGCCGGCGAGCGGUGCUACUCCGAUUUCAACUUUACUCCGGCGGCGGAAGAAAGACCAUUUUCCUCCACUGGACUUGCUCUUUGCAGAAAGAUGCCCCUCUAGGCCAACGGUGGAAGCAAUGUCGCCGUUGAAAGAGGGCCCCGAGGAAACAGAAUGUAGCUUCUCUGUUUCCUCCUCUUCCGAUCUCAGGCUGCUGCUUGGUGUCCUGGGUGCCCCUCUGGCUCCUCUCCGUGUCAGCAUCACCGAGCCCUUUCCUCACCUUGCUAUCAAAGACAUUCCCAUUGAAACAUCUUCUGCUCACUACAUAUUGCAGCAGUACAUAGCUGCUUCUGGGGGAUUGAAGCUUCAAGAUUCUGUUUACAAUUCUUAUGCAAUGGGAAAAGUGAGGAUGAUUGCUUCCGAGUUUGAAACGGCUAACAAGCUUGUGCGGACACGGAACCCCUCUAAAGCUGCACAAUCCGGUGGGUUUGUCCUGUGGCAGAUGAAGCCAGACAUGUGGUAUGUGGAGCUUUCUCUUGGUGGAAGCAAGGUCCAUGCAGGUUGCAAUGGGAAACUUGUGUGGCGGCACACACCGUGGCUUGGUCCUCAUUCGGCCAAAGGGCCGCCUAGGCCUCUAAGACGCGCUCUUCAGGGUCUUGAUCCAAGAACAACUGCAAGCAUGUUUAUGAAUUCAAGAUGUGUUGGAGAGAAGAAGAUAAAUGGAGAGGACUGUUUCAUUCUCAAAAUAUGCUCAGAUCCAUCCACGUUGAAAUCCAGAAGCCAAGGUUCAGCAGAGAUCAUAAGACAUGUUUUGCUAGGACACUUCAGUCAGAAAACAGGACUUCUUAUUCACUUGGAAGAUUCUCAUUUGAGUCGUAUUCAGAACAAUGGAGGCGAUGCUGUAUAUUGGGAGACAACAAUCAAUUCAUUUCUUGAUGAUUAUAGGCCUGUUGAAGGGAUAAUGAUUGCUCACUCAGGUCGUUCUCACGUAACACUUUUCAAGUUUGGAGAAACAGCAAUGAGCCACACAAAAACUAGGAUGGAAGAAGCAUGGAUAAUUGAAGAAGUGGCUUUCAAUGUCCCAGGCCUUUCUAUGGACUGUUUCAUUCCUCCAGCUGAGCUAAGAUUUGGUUCUGUGACUGAAACCUGCGAGGAGUGAUGUUGCAGCAGGGAAUGUGUAGCAAUGUGGAAAUUUCUGCAUUGGUGUAAUUGUCUAAUUUUAAAGCUCUUACUUAGAUCAAUAACUUAAUGGAGAUAGAUAGAUAUUGCAGCAAGUGUAUUUUUCCACUGCAGGUUAUUGACUCGGGAAAACUUGUUAAUAGGGAGAAUCAACAUCAUAUCCCAAAAUGUGAGUUGAAAGAUUCCCUUUGAUGGAUGAUUUUGCACAGCAAGGUUUAUUUUGAGCACCUGUUUUCAGUUUGAGAUUAGCUGAUAAUUACUGUACGGUAUCAUUAUUAGUCUUUCUGUGAAAGUAAUCAACUUGAAGAUCAAAUAUCACAUGAAUUAAUAUUAUUGAGGAAGUUAUUGAUGAUGUA